UGUGCUCACUCCCUUAUUUGGCAGGAAGGGAUAUCCUUAUUGACUAGGGAGGAAAAUGGUGGAAAGGAAAGUCAGACGGCUUCAGUAGACAGAGUGAUUCCGGCUGUUUAAUCUCUGCCUAUAAACUUACUUUGUGUCUAACAUUAUCGUGGCAGAGGAAAAGCAGCAGUAAUGGCUGAUGCAGAAAAGAUCAAGAAAACUGCAGUCAAGGUGCUGUGCUGCGUGGAAAAGGUGUCCUCCUUCGCCUCCUCCAUCGACCCCAUCUUUGGCAUAGUCUCCUCCCUGGUUGGGGUGGCUCGCAAGGGCCUUGAUACGAACGAGGGCCACGCUCUAGACAAGGAGUUCCAGCCGCUCCACUCCAAACUGGAGACCAUCUCUGUGAAGAACCAGCAAUGCCUGAGGCAGAUCCGCAUCGACGAGGUGAACGAGACCUAUGGCAAGUACGAGGAGUACAUUAAGCACCAGUACACUGCCUUCAACAACAUGGUGGCACAGGUGAAGAAAGAUCCAGACAACGCCCAGCGCUACAUGGAGGCCUUUGAGAAGAUUUACGAGAGGGACAAGAGCGACAUGAGCCUGGAUGUGUACUACCGCGGCGUGAUGGGUACCAAUCUGCUGUUUGGAAGACCUCUGCUGAAGGUGUACCUGGACAACUGCGACGGCGACCGGGAGAUCAUGGAGCGCCGCUGUUCACACAUCACCCACCUGUUCCACAUGGGCCUCAUCGCCCUCAUGGCCUACACAGCUGUUACGGAGGACGACGAGGACGAGGUGCGGGGGAAGUGGGGCAAGAGGGUGGAGGACAUCCAGGACAAGAUGCAGGAGGUGCUCAGCCAGUGCAAAGACAAGUCGUUCUGAACACGGACCAUCAGAGAGAACAAUGUCUACUCUCAGCUGUGGACCAAUGAAAAAAAAGACAAAAUAUGUUAUAAUAUAUUUAUAUAUAUCGUAAUAAAACCAAAGCCAUGCUUUCAUUAUCAUUCCUAUUGCAGCAUAUUAGUUAUUGUAUCGACAUUGUGUAUCGUUGUUUUUGUUUCAAAGAGACCACUGCAUGUUUCAGUUGUGUUUCUUGCCAAUAUAUGCUGACGUUUUAUACAAUCUCUUCAAUUAAAAUGCACUAAUUAUUAGUCGAAUAAAGUUGUAUAUUUGUGAAGUCCAUUUCAUCCACACUAAAACCAACAAUCUAUAUUUAAAAAGAACAUGAGUAGCAGUAAAGGUUAUGAGGCUGUGUAUAUCGCUAUAGCUCUGAAUUCAACAUGGAUGAAUACUUUGUAUCCAUACAACACAAACAAACCGCCCUCUUCUAUAAAUAACAUCUCUUCAUACUUCUGUUGAAUAUACCUAAUGUUAAACCGAGCUACAUGAAACUGCUUUCGAGAUGACACAAGAUAAACAAUAAACUCAUGAAAACGA